AGCCUCUGCCCUCCUCCUCCUCUCCACUUUUCCUGUGCUUGGUAGGAACCUGUAGCUGCUCCUAGAGCCUGGGAGGCUCUUUGUGUAGAAACUGUCCCCCUCCUGUUGCUGGCAGUGCUGAAAAUAGAAAAGGCCGGUGUCCUCAUCUCCAUAAAGCGUCAUUCCUUGUGUCUCAUCUUUUGAAGCACCAUAACCUCUGAGCCACCCUCACUACAUCAGCAUGGCCAUCUCAUCACGUCUGGCUCUCUGGGAACAAAAGAUUAGGGAAGAAGACCGCAGCCCCCCACCCACCUCGCCACCCCCGCUUUUCUCGGUCAUUCCUGGGGGCUUCAUCAAGCAACUUGUGCGGGAAACGGAAAAGGAGUCCAAAGAAGCAAAAUUAAAAGAGAAAUUAAUUUCCAAAGAAGAUCCUCCAGGAAAGCAGGUUGAGGGGCCCGUGCAGCAGUUUGUAAUCAGGGACACCAACAUUUUGGAAGUGGGAGAGGACAUGGCCAACAAGGGACAGCUGCUGCAAGGACGAUUGAAUGGUGAGAAGCACGGAGUGGAAGGUGAGUCUGAGAUUCCAGGAAGGAAGCCUUUGCCUUCCAAGAGAACUGCCCAGAGGGGCCACACCCAGCAACCAGUACUGCUUGUGCCUGAAUUAGCACCAGCCACUCCAAAAUCAGCACCAGCAGUUCCAACACCGGGAGAGGAGGUCCACUUGGAUACAUCUCAGCCUCCUAAAGUUCCUGCAGCUCCAGAGCAAAUCAAAAGCGGCAGUGCUAAGGAUCUUCCUGGGUCAGGAACAGAACUUGUAAAGAAGGGCAAUUUAUAUUGUUCCAAACACUUCGAAAGCUCAAGGAAGGAGAAUUGGAAAAUGAGGACCAAGGAAGAGGCUGUGAGCAAGCCGGGAAAUAAGUCAAAAUUCACAGGGAAGGGAAAAGAGCUUGGAGAAAAUAAAGAAAAGGCCACAGAUAGUGGGAAACAGCCAGGAGAACCCAAAGAGAAGCAUGUAGAAACCGGGAAAGUAUUGGCACAAUUGAAGGUGGAAGAGGGAGAAAUGGAAGAGGAACUGUCUCGGAAAGGAGGAAAAAGAAAGCAAGAAUCUCCAGUAGCAGAAAUGAAGGAGAAACCAGAGGAAACUAAGGAAGUGUUGGCAGGAGAAAACAAAGAAGAGCUUGGAGAAAGCACAGAUUCGGACAAGGUGUGCCAUGAUGUCUGGUAUGAAACAGAGAAAGUUUGGCUGUUACAAAAAGAUGGAUUCACUCUUGCUACUGAACUGAAGCCAGAUGAGGGCACUCCUGAGCUGCCUCCAGGGACAGUCCGAGUCCGAGUGGAAGCUGAUGGCUCCAUCAUGGAGGUGGAUGAAGAAAAGGUCCAGAGAACCAAUCCUUCAAAAUUUGACUACGCUGAAGACUUGGCCUCCCUAGUCAGCCUGAAUGAGUCGAGCGUCAUCCACACUCUGAGCCACCGAUACCAGUCUCAGCUGCUUUACACCCACAGUGGUCCUGAUCUGAUCGCCAUCGAACCAUCGUCUUCUGUUGCCAGUUGUUCAAUAAAGGCAUUCAAGGGCAAGCGGGAUGGACUGUCCCCACACAUUUUUUCUGUGACACAGAGGGCCUACUGGCACAUGCUUAUGCAACGGCAGGAUCAGACCAUCAUGCCCUUGGGCAGGAACAAUGCUGGCAAGACCACCUGCUGCCAGAACACCCUGGAAUACCUGGUGGCCACAGUGGGCAGCAUGGACAACAGAGUCACAGUGGAGAAAAUCCAGGCCAUGUUCAGGGUGCUGAGAGCCUUUGGGACGGUGACGACCAGCCACAACAAAGCCUCCACCCGCUUCUCCAUGGUCAUGGCACUGGAUUUCAGUGCCACUGGCCACAUCACAGCUGCUCAUCUCCAGACAAUGCUGCUGGAAAGGAUCCGUGUGGUGCAGCAGCCAGAGGGAGAGAGCACCUUCAAUGUCUUUUCUCAGAUGCUGGCAGGGCUGGAUCUGGAUCAGAGGACUAUGCUGCAUUUGCACCAGAUGGCGGAGAACAGCACCUUUGGCAUCAGACCGUGUCAGAAGGCUGAAGAGAAGCAGAAGGCCUCAGUUGCAUUUGCUCAGCUCCAGGCUGCCAUGGAGAUCCUGGGGAUUGUGGUGGAGGAGCAGAAGGCCAUCUGGCGAGUCUUGGCCGCCAUCUACCACCUGGGUGCUGCAGGGGCUUGCAAAGUUGGCAGGAAGCAGUUCAUGCAGUUUGAGUGGGCCAACAAGGCAGCGGAAGUCCUUGGCUGUGAUUUUGAGGAGCUCACAACAGCCGUCUUCAAGCACCACCUCCAGAGGAUUAUUGAGCAGGUCACGUCUGGAGCCAGAGGACAGCUCAGCCAGGACCAAGGCUGGCCGGAUGGUCCCAAGAUGACAGGUGUGGAGUGCGUGGAAGGGAUGGCUGCGGGGCUUUACGAGGAGCUGUUUGCAGCUGUUGUGUCGCUCAUCAACAGGUCCUUCUCUUCAAGUUCCCUCUCCAUGGCCUCGAUCCUGGUGGUGGACACACCUGGCUUCCACAACCCCCGGCACCAGAAGAGGGAGCGCGCAGCUACUUUUGAAGAGUUCUGUCACAACUAUACACAGGAGCGGUUGCAGGACCUCUUCUACAAGAGAACCUUUGUGUCUACACUGGAGAGGUACCAGGAGGAAAAUAUUGAGGUGCCAUUUGAUCUCCCCGAAGUCUCCCCAGCAACCACAGUAGCCAUUGCAGAUCAAAACUCAUCCCAGGUCCAUGCCACACCUGGGGGCCAGGCAGAAGACCCCAAGGGCUUGUUCUGGAUUCUGGAUGAGGAGGCCUUGAUCCAAGGCUCCGAUGACAGCACUGCGCUCAAUCGUCUGUGCUCUUACUUUGUGAAGGAGGGUCCGAUCAAUGAAGGACAAGGAUCCCUGCGCAAGUGUGAGCAGGCCCUGCAGUUCGAGAUCGCCCACCAGCUCGGCCAAGACCCCGUCCGCUACGAUGCCACUGGCUGGGUGAACAAAGCCAAGUGGAACCUCUCAGUGCAGAAUGCCACCCAGGUCCUGCAGGAGUCGAAAAUAGACUCUCUGAAGAAGCUGUUUCUGUUGCGGUCCAAAGUGCCCCUGAUAUGCCGGUCUGUUGCGGGGCUGGAGGGGAACUCCCAGCAAGCACUCCAGCGAGUUGGCUGCGUGAGGAAGACCUUCACUAGCAGCUUUGCAGCCGUGAAGAAGAAGUCUGUUUGUGCUCAGAUCAAGCUUCAGCUGGAUUCUCUCAUCAACCUAGUGAAGAGAUCCCAGAUUCACUUUGUCCAUUGUCUCAUUGCGAGAACAGAAAUGGACGGAGAAGGAGGCACCAUUCUACAGUCCUGUCUGAUGCCAGGGGGAACAGCAGGAGGAUGGGACAUCUCCGCCCUUCGAGCCCAGCUCUCUGGGGGCCAGAUAUUGGAUGCAUUACGGCUCUGCAGGAUAGGGUAUGCGGAUCGUAUGGUGCGCAAGCAGUUCCGACACCAGUUCCAGAUCCUGGCUCAGCCAAUGAUGAAAAAAUACACCUCAGCCUAUGAGAUGACAGAUGAAAAUAAGGCUCUGGAGGAGCUCAUCCAGGCGCUCAAUUUGGAGAAGAAGACCAUUGCUGUGGGUCGCACUCAGGUGUUCCUGAAAGCUGGAGUCCUCGCUAGGCUAGAAAAGCAGAGGGAAAAACUGGUGUCUCAGAAUCUGAUUUCCCUCCAAGCAGCUUGCAAGGGGUUUCUCUCCCGUCACAAAUAUAAAAAAUUAAAGAUUCAGCAUUUGGCUGCUCGGUGCAUCCAGAAGAAUCUGGCUGUCUUCCAAGCUGUGAAGGGCUGGCCCUGGUGGCGACUAAUGUGUGGCAUCCGGCCACUGUUAAGUACCAGCCUUGCAGAAUGUCAGCUCCGAGUCAGAGAAGAGGAGUUGGCAUUGCUGCGGAAGAAAUUGGAAAAGUCAGAACUUUCACGGCAGGAGCUUCGGCAGAGCACAGAACAGCUGGAAAGCAAGAUCAUAGACCUCACGACGGAGCUGUCAGAUGAACGCUUGAAAGGUGAUGUUGCCUGUCAGGUCCUGGAAGGUGAACGAGCUGAAAGACUGAGAGGGUCAAGAGAGGUCAGAGAGCUGCAGAACAAGCAUGACCAACUACAGAAGAAGCUGGAGUCUGCAGAGAAGCAGCUGGAAGAGGCACAGCAGCAGCUUCAUUGGCACGAAAGUGGGGCAAGCAGCUCUGGCAAAGGAGAUGAAUGGCAGAUGCGCCUGGACUGUGCACAGACUGAGAUUGGAUUUCUCCGGAAAAGAAUCACACAGCUGGAGGAAAGGCUGGAGGCAGAGCAGACAUCCAAAAAGGAACUGGAACAAAAGAUAGGUGAGGCCCAGAAGGCGUACGAAGGUGCGCGGCGGACAGCGCAGCAGCUGAAAAGAAAGUGUAAGCAGCUGACGUGUGACUUGGGAGAUACACGAGUGUUGAUGGAAAGUCAGCAAAGCCGGAACCAUGAGCUGGAGAAGAAGCAGAAGAAAUUUGACCUGCAGCUGGCGCAGGCCUUGGGAGAAUCUGCCUUCGAGAAGAGCCUUCGGGAGAAAGUGUUGCAAGAGAACACCAGCCUUCAGUUUGAGCUGGGGAAGUUGCAGCGGAGCUUAGAGCAAAAAGAAUUGGACAAUGCCAGCCUCAACCAGCGGCUUGUGCUGUUGAGCAGCCAGGUGCAGGAGCUCAGCACCCCCAAGGACCUGGAUGCCAAUGCGGUGGCUGCCCUCCGGAAGAAACUUUGGGACCUGGAGUCAAGAGCCUCUGAGCAGCAGAAGGAGCUCGGCUCCCAAGCAAGCACCAUUGAACAGCUGGAACAGCUUCACCUGAGACUCGAACUGGCAAUUGAGAGGACGAAACAGCUUCACCAGAAGGAGCUGGAGGACAAGGAGGAAGAGCUGGAGGAUGUCCGGCAGUCCUGCCAGAAAAGGCUGCGUCAGCUGGAGAUGCAGUGUGAGCAGGAGUGCGAAGAGAAGCAGGCAAUUCUCUGUGAGAAGCGAGACCUGGAAGGGCUGAUUGCCACACUCUGUGAGCAGAUUGGCCAUCGAGAUUUUGAUGUGGAGAAGCGACUCCGGCGUGACCUGAAGAGGACUCAUGCUCUGCUGGCUGACAUGCAGCUCCUGCUGGAGACCUCAGGGGCAGAUCCAGGGCUGUCUGGGGGCAGGGAGGAGCUGGAGAAGCUUCGUGGCAAGCUGGAAGAGAGCACAGCCAGAUGUGAAGAGGCUGAGAAGGCACAAAAGAUGGUAGCUCUGGAGCUCGAGAACCUGCACCUUGAGCUGGAGACGGUCAGCAGGAACAAGAACUUGGUUGAUGAGCAGCUAUACCAGCUCCAGCAUGAGAAAGCUGAUCUCCUCAAGCGUAUUGAUGAAGACCAAGAGGAUCUGAAUGAUCUGAUGGCCAAGCACAAGGCCUUAAUUGCUCAGUCUGCAACAGAUAUCGCCCAGAUCCGAGAGCUGCAGACCCAGUUGGAGGAGAUGAAGAAGGAAAAGCAUGGCCUGCAAGAGAAACUGCAGGUGUCCCAGGCCCGGGUUGUCUACUUGGAGCAAGCAAUGGUGGAGAGGUCCAUCGUCAGCCGCCAGGAGGCCCUGAUUUGUGACCUGGAGAACAAGAUGGAGUUCCAGAGUGUGCAGAUCAAGCGCUUUGAGAUGCUGGUUCUCCGUCUUCGGGACAGUGUGAUCAAGAUGGGAGAGGAGCUGGAGAAGGCGAAGGAAGGGGAGGCGCGGGAAAGAGAGAAGACCUGCUACUACCAGAUGAGGAUGGAAGAGAUGAAGGCAGACCUGAGUGAGCUGGCCCAGAGGGAGCUGGAGGCCAAUCGCAGGCGGGUGGAACUGGAGAAGCAAGUGGACGAGCUCUCUGCAGUGAGGCAGACGUUGCAGGCAGACCUGGAGACCUCCAUCCGCCGCAUUGCGGACUUGCAGGUGGCUCUGGAAGAAGUGCAGUCGAGUGACGAAAGUGACAGGGAGAGCGAGAGUCAGCUGAGUCUGGGGUCAACCAUGAGCUUGAACUUGGAGCCUGAAGAAAGCAUCAAAUCGUGGUCCAGUUUGGCAUCAGCAGGGCCCUCUCCAUCGGGUACCAGUCUGGCAGGAAGCCUCUCCAGGCAAACCAUGGACAACCGUGGCACCAAGAGCCUGAGGAUAAACAAGGAUCAAGAAACAAGCCAGCCGCUGUCUCCCUUAGGUGCAGAAAGAAGGGGAUAUGGAAAGAGUGCAGGGGGUGCUGAUUUCGGCAAAGCUGAUCAAAGCCGUUCCUUUGGUACCCAAAGACGAGAAUAUGGGGAACCCACUUCAAAUGAGGAGUUUUUCACUCUCCAAAAGUUAGGAGCUGUGUCUCCAUCCAUUAUGAGAAGGAUGUCCUCUCCAGCAGUGGCAGAAGAGAUGUUAUCAAGUCCUUUGUCCCCUUCUGUGGGGGGGACAGCAGAAGACAAGUUGUCACGCUCCUCCUCUGCACUUUCUGAAUAUGUUGAAGAGCUGCGAAGAAAACGACUGAAGGACAAAGAGCCAGGGAAUUUAGUGUUAGAUGAUGCCUCCUCUUUGCCUAUUUACCAAACAACGGGAGCCUCGUCCCUUAGAAGAUGCAAGACUUUGAAAGAUGAUGAAGAUCUCCCAGUAACUCUGGAGGGAAUUGGUGAAAGUGCUCGAGCUGGCCUGGUCCGCUCCUCUAGUUUGAGGAGCAUCUCAUCUGAGAGCAUGGCACAGCCAAACCUCUCCCCAGCUCUGAAAAGGGUCUCCAAGUUUGGGUCCUAUGACUCUCUCAUUCAGAACAUAGAUGACACCUACUCAAAGCUCAGCUCCCCAGACCUGGGUGGAGAAAUGUUCAGCACUUUGCGACUUAAGCCAUGGAGAAGUUGCCUGGAGGCAUCCCUGGAAGAAAUGACAGACACGGAUCUAGGAAAAGAACCUCUGGUCUUUCAGAACAGAAGAUUUGGUGAUGUUCCAAGUGAGGGAAAGGAAACUGAUCCACUCUCUUGGAAAAUACCAACUCUAAGCUAUGAGAGGAAAAUGAAUGAUGACUUGGAUGACUUCCUUCCAGCCAUCCGGAAAGCCCAGUCGACCAGCAGCCUGGCCAGAGGUCCCAAAGAGAGGAGAGAAGGCCAGAGGCCCAUGAGUGUCCGUUUUGAAGACCAAGUCUCCCCCAACCACACUUUCCUCUCUGAGAUAAAGGCCACUUUAUCACCAAGUCCCAAACCCAAAGAGGACCCUGGAAACCUCUCUGACUCGUCUUCAUCUUCUGGCUCAGUUGUGUCUUUCAAAAGUGCCGACAGCAUCAAGAGUCGGCCAAGGAUCCAGAGGCUGGAAGGAGAAGGAUGUGUUGGGAACAGAAACCCUGAGGGCGCAAAAGAUGACCGGCGGUCUGAGGCCGAGGGGAAGGAAGAUGAUGUAAACAGUAUCAUGAUGAAAUACCUAGGAAAAGACUAAGGAGCCAAGCUUUGGUCUGAAUCAUCAUCAUCAUCAUCAUCAUCCAAGGUGGAUCUGUAAGCAUCCUUGUCACUUCCAGCCUCUGGCUUCCUCACCUGCUUUGGAGGCACAACAACACUUGUGUGCAUGUAAGAGAAGUGGGCUGCAGCAAGACACUGCCCUUUGGUGCUCUCUCUUUGAUUUAUACAAAAUAAAACAUUUUGCUUCUUGCAUCUGA